AUGAAUAACUCAUAUAGUUUGUGGCCUGUCAUACUCAUUCCAUAUAACUUGCCACCGUGGUUGGCUAUGAAGGAUCCAUUUUUCAUGUUGUCAUUACUUAUUCUUGGUGAAUCACAACCAGGAAUUGAUAUUGAUGUCUACAUGAGACCUUUAGUGGAUGAAUUGAUACAAUUGUGGAAAAAUGAUACGUUAACUUGUGAUGCCUCGACUGGUGAGACUUUCUGUAUGGGUGCAGCUUUGUUGUGGACGAUUUAUGAUUGGCCUACAUUUAGUGACAUGUCUGGAUGGAGAACAAAGAGUCAUUAUUCUUGUUACACUUGCAAUAAUGAACCAUAUUUUGAAUCUUUAAGAAGUAAGACUGCGUACACUAACCAUCGAUGCUACUUGCCUGAAGACCACCUAGAAAGGAAAAAAAGUAGAGCAUAUAAUGGCAAGCAUGAAAAACGAAAGAGAUCUUUGGUGAUACCGAUAGAAAAGAUUCAACAACAAUUGGACAGCGUGACGAGUGUCACAUAUGGAAAACAUCUAAGCGACAAGAAAAGACUUCAUCAAAACCCAAAUUGGACAAAGCUUCUCACUGACCCCGAAAGAGAGAGAGAGGGUUUCUUUGAAUUCUUGAAAUCAGUCAAGUAUCCAGAUGGGUAUGUGGCAAACAUUUCGAGAUCAGUGAAUGCAAAAAAUGGUAGAUUGACAGGAUUGAAAAGCCACGACUGCCAUGUACUUAUACAACGGAUUCUUCCGAUUGGGAUGCGUGGUUAUGUGGAUAAAGAGAUCAGUAUAGCACUUUUUGAGUUAGCCUUCUUCGAUGUGAUGGUUCAUUUGGCCAUUCACUUGUCACGUGAGACUAUUCUCGGAGGACUUGUGCAAUAUCGGUGGAUGUACCCGAUUGAAAGGUUAUUUAGAGCUUUAAAGAAGUUUGUCACCAACCGAGCUCGACCAGAAGAAAUUGCCCGUCCUAUUGGCCAAAUCAGAAAACAUGUUGAGAUGUCACAGGAACUUCGUGAUAUUGCUCGUUGGUUCUUGUUGUACAAUAGCCCUGAGAUAGAGAAGUAUCUUCAGUACGUGUUUCUUAUAAUUAUUUAUGUUUUAACAUUCUUCAUGUUGUUAGUCAUUAAUAAUAGUGUUUCACUUAUUAAGCAAAACUAUUUGAGUAGGGAACACAAGAAUUUGUUACAAAUUUCCGUUGGACAAAUAAAUGGAUUGAGAGUUGAUGAGGCACCAGAAACAACCGAAGAAUUGUGGUCAUUAGCGAAUGGUCCCAAUUUGCUAGUAAAAGAGUACUCGGGUUGUAUAAUCAAUGGUGUAAGAUUCCAUACCAAAGAAUUAGACAAUCGUUUUGUUUUGUUUCAAUGCAAAUGGUAUAACACUGGUGACACUAGUAGAAGUAGAACAGUACAAGUUGACACAUAUUGCACAAGCAUCGAUGUCACAAGCCGAUGGUAUCAAUCUGACCCUUUUAUCUUGCCUAGUCAAGCUAAACAAGUGUUCUACUUGAAUGACACCAAAUGGCGGCAACCUUGGCAAGUUGUGCAACAGGUCCAACAUAGGGAUGUGUUUGACGUACCAAAGGUUGGUGAUGGAGAACCAUCGGAUCAACCAGAAUUUCAUGAUGCAUUCCAACAAGAAAACAUUAACUCAGUUGUCUCGAUCAACAUUGAAGAUAUUAUUCGAUUUCAUAGGGAUGAUAUUGAAGCUAACGUUAUUCUGAAUAAAACAAUGAGAGAUGGUAGAGAUGACAAAGAAGAUGAAGAACUUGACAUACUUGAUGAUGAUAUGGAUCCUGAUAUGGAAUAUGAUAUGUAG